AUGGCACACCAUCAGCAUGCUGAGUUUGGAGAUCAAGCAACAAAGGAGAACGUACAAGAAAAACUUGUUAGGCAGUUGAUCGCUGUGCUUACAGGAAAUCCAGAGGCCCUAUGCCAUGUAACAGAGAUUUUUCAGAAACUGAUUGAAAUGCAGCAUACUCCUGAGGCACAGGACGUCACAGCGGAAACGCUGGAGACAGCCAGAAAUGAAGAGCACACGCUCAUGUUGGCACGAAGGGAAAAUGAUGACUUUGAUCGACAAAAUCAACAUCUGAUGAAUGAUAAUGCCGUUAAGGACAAGAAGUCUGUUGGGAAACCAGCUGCACUGGGCCAGUAG